AUGGCGGCAUCCUCCCCUCCCCCUAUACAGGUGCGCGCGCGUUUUCCCGCCCCUUCCCUUCUCCUGCGUGUAGUAGUGACGUCACUUCCGGUCGGAGAAGAAUCCUCACAGAGUCGGACAAGAGAUAAAGUUGACAGGUGUGUGGUCCUUUAAAGAUGCGGGCGGCCCCGGCUUUCAUCCUUUCUGUGUUAUGUACGAAGCGCUAGGUUAGACCGUUCUACUGUGGUGCUAGAGGGGAGGACAGCGUGUAUUGUAUAGAUAUAUCCCAGGCUCGGGUGACGGUGUUUUUCACCCACGCUCCCCCCUUUUCUUUCUUGUAAUGGUGGCGGGAAGAAGGGUCUUUACAUUCCCGCAUUACAUUGUUCCACACGGGGGCAUUUCCCCCCACGGUGCAGAGUGGAACAUGCCGCGCCCGGGUCUCGCGCUCUUUAUAAAAUAAACUGCCCCUCGUGCCAGGGUUUACGCGCGCCUCGCUGCUUGCCGCGAGACAGGUCCCCCUUAGAGGGCAUCCUGUAACGGCCGGCUGGUUGGGAUCGGCAGUGCUCGGUCACACCUGAGGGAGGAGUGAGAGGGGGGGGGAGGGGAGCGGGCUAAUGGCGGGUACCCCUGUGCAUCCAAGGAUGCCAUGUUAAGGAGAGGAUGACAGAGGAGAAGAUGGCGCACAUUUGUAGAGAUGCAGUGAGCAUGCUCAGGGAAGAGAUGUGAAAUUAGGUUUUGUUUUGUUCGUGAGCGAAGAGCAUUGUGGGAAGCGUAGUCUUUAAAUAGCUGGAGUGCUAGGAGGGUUUGUCAUCCCUGGGCUGGGUUAAUGUAUCCAGAUGUUUUCCACCUUUAUUACCCUGUAGGACUUGCUUUGUCUUGGUGACUGGUUAUACCAUGUGACAAACUGGUAGAGCAGAGUAUUUCAAUAAGUUACUGGUAAAACUGGUGCAUAUUUAUUCAGGAUUAUUAAAUACACACGGAGAUGCCCGUUUUAAGACAAAAAAAAAAAUCCCCAGGUCUGUGUUUUGCUUUGUUUUUAAAUAUACAUCGGGUCCACUUGUCUCUUUCUGGUCUAAAAUUUACCAUUUUGAAGUAAAACCAGCAAACAAAAAAUACGUAUGUCAUUUUUUUAACCCCAUGUGCUGCCUUCCAUGCUUCCACUCAAUGUCAACAAGGUCCUUGCCUCAGGCUUCUCAUAGAGACUAUUUUGGCGGCUCGGAGUACAUGUACGCAACUUGAGUUGGCAAAGGGAGGGUGGGAGAUUCAACAGUGAAGGAAGGAGUGGAGAACACUUUCCCCUUACAGACAAUGCCUGCAAGAGUACUGUGCACGAUGAUGGAUGCGUUUUAUGCAUGGGAUUGAUAUUUGGCAGUCCAUACAGAUUCCUACCACCAUAACCACUUCAAAUCACUGUCAUGGUGGUUGGAGUCCCCCUUAAAGGAUCACUAUACAAACGUAUUCCUGACCCUAUAGAGUUAAAACCACCAUCUAGCCACCCUGGGCCACUCAUGUCUCCAUAACUAUAGCAAAAUCUUACUGUAUUCAAGCCUGAAGCUGUAGCUCUACAUGCUGUUUGCCUCAGAAAACAAGCAGUCUGCUGACAUCAUCAGAAGUGGUGGCUUGAUCCAAUCAAUAUGCUUCACUAUACAAUUGGCUGAGACUGACAAAGAGGCAGAUCAGGGGCAGAGCCAGCAAGAUUCAAACACAGCCCUGGCCAAUCAGCAUCUUCUCAUAGAGAUGAAUUGAAUCAAUGAAUCUCUAUGAGGAAAGUUCAGUGUCUGCAUGCAGAGGGAGGAGACGCUGAAUAUUUGCAUUUUAGGCAGCCAUGACCCAGGAAGGAUCUCUAACAGCCAUCUGAGUAGGGCCAGUGACGUUAUCACUAGGCUGUAAUGUAAACACUGCAUUUUCUCUGAAAAGACAGUGUUUACAGCAAAAAGCCUGAAGGUAAUGAUUCUACUCCCCAGAACAAAUUCAAUAUGCUGUAGUUGUUCUGGUGACUAUAGUGUCCCUUUAAUGAUUAUUUAGAGCAUCAUAACCACUGUUGCCUGAUAUAGUGGUUAUGAUGCCAAAAGUACAAUGGCCUCUUACUUAAGUCUAGUUGGGAAGUGAACUUCCUCUAAUGUUGUCUGGUUGCCAAUCCUGCAGUUCAUUUAUUGGCUUUGUGCUUCACUUGGGUGCUGUCUGCUAGUGAGUGAACAUAAGUAAUGUAGGCCAGCCUGGAACAACUAUGGCAGGAAUAUAAAAUAUCUAUCUAUGUAUGUACAGUGUUUUAUAUGCUGCACAUACAGGCUUUGUGAACCAUGAUCACUUUAAAAUAUUGAAUGGUCAUAGUGGUUGGAGUAACCCUUUGUUUUUUGUUGCACUAUCUCUUGUGUUCACUUUUUCCAUUGUGCUCCCUCUUGUUCUCGUUUGCCAGAUGCUUGUUUCUUUUGUUCCUCUCAUGUCCACAUUGAAAUGGAUUGCUGUGAAUCAGAUAUUAUAUAAUCAAAAUCAAAUUCUAGAUAUGAAUAAAAGAAUCAAUGUAAACCAUGCCAAUUUACUGUGCUUUAUGUUUAAAUUUAAUCUGGGGGACACUACAUUUUAAAGGUACUCUUGUCGCCAAAACAACUACAGCUCAUGGUAUUUGUUUUGGUGGGUAGAAUCCUUCCCUUCGGGCUUUUUGCAAUAAACACCGUCUUUUCAGAGAAAAUGCAGUGUUUACAAUACAGCCUAGUGAUAACUCCAUUGGUUACUCCUCAGAUGGCUAUUAGAGGUGCAUCCUGGGGGCAGUGCAGCCAUUCAUUGUUGCCAUCCUAUGCAUGCAGACACUGAGCCUUUCUCAUAGAGAUGCUUAUUGGCAAGGGCUGUGUUUGACUUGUGCUGGCUCUGCCCCUGCCCCUGAUCUGCCUCCUUGACAGUCUCCGCCAAUCCUAUGGGAAAGUCUUGUAAUUGGCUCACAGAAUCACUUUUGAUGAUAUCAGCUGUAAGUAGGUUAGGGGCAGAGGCAGCAGCUGCAGCAGACUUGAAUACAAGUAAGAUUUUACUAUAUUUAGGGGGUGGAGUGGCUGGAUGGUGGUUGUAACAUGAUAUGGUCAGGAAUACAUGUUUGUGUUCCUGACCCUAUAGUGUUCCCUUAAUGACCUUUCCUGUUAUCUGCCGUCCAUUUAUUUCUAGGGUUUUUUCCUCUUAACUACCCUCCACUAUUUCUACUAGUUUUGGGGUUACAAUAAUAGAGUAAGGCUAAAUUAGUUCCAAACCCUAAUUUAAACAUCACAUUAACCCUAAAUGUCCUCUUAUCUGCCCUCAAUUAUUUCUUUCAUUGCUUAAGGUUAUAAUAAGAGUGAACCUAACGGUUAAAUGGUUUUAAAACAGUUAACAUUUCAAAGAAAAUUAGGAUUAGGAACUAAUUUAGCCUUACAUGAUUAUUAUACUAAUCCUAUAAAUAGUACAAAUAGUGGAGGGCAGAUAACAGGAAAGGUCCACAUUUAAGUCAUAUCCCUUAGUGAAGUUGGGUCAUGCUGUGCAUCAUCCUAUUCCUGGUCUUGUAAACUACCUACUUCUGCAUUUGAUACAUUGUGUCCACUUCAGUCACUUUCUGUGCUAGUAGGCUUCAAAUCCAUCAACCUGCCAAAACUCAAUUUUCUAUAAUGUACUACAUUUAGUUCUGUCAGUAAUUUUGAUGUCAUUUUUUUUACUACUGUGUAUUGAAUAUUGUAUAACAAUGUUGUUAAAAAAAAAAAGACAAAUCAUAACUACUACAGCUCAGUACAGUAGCUAUUACCCCCCCUUCCAUCCCAGCCCAGGUCCAUAAUUAUUCACUGGUUUGUAAUAUAUUCUAAUGCUAAGAGAGCCCGUUAAGCUUUUUAAAUAUAUAUAUUUUUUAAUUCAGGUACUUGUGCUUGCAUUAAUCUUCAACUUCUUUGUUUUAUCUAAUAGAAUGCCGAAGUCAAAGGAGCUGGUUUCUUCAAGUGCAUCUGGAAGUGAUUCCGAUAGUGAAGUUGACCAAAAGGUUAGAUUUAAAAGCAACAUCAUAGUAAAUGUCUCACAACUGUGUAAAAAAAAAUAAAAAAUCUAGUAAAUGUUACUAUAUAUAUAUUUUCGUGUUUAAAUACAAUAAAUGAGACUACACUGAAUUUGACAAAUUCAUACAAAUGCUGGAGGGACCAAAUUCCAGCUUAUAUUCUUGAGACAAACUGUUGUUACAUGAAGGACACAAUAUGAUAGGUAGACUGUAUUGAUCGAUUAUUGGGUCCAUUGUUACUAUGUUUCAGAGAUGCUCUUGUAGGGAGAUAUGUUUCAGGGCUCAAGAUUUCCACCAGCAGUUGGUGAGUGAAAAUGUAGUUGUGGCGAGUAGAAAUUUACCCCUGCUAAGAGUGAUAUGGACUCUCCAGGCUUGCAAUGGCAAGUACUUAUUAUUUUUUUUUUUUUUUUUUUUUAAGGGACACUAUAGUCACCCAGACCACUUCAGCUCAGGUUUUAACCCUUCAGAUGCAAACAUAGCAGUUUCAGAGAAACUGCUAUGUUUACAUUUGGGGUUAAUCCAGCCUCUAGUGCAGGGCUGUCCAACCUGCGGCCCCCCAGAUGUUGCUUAACUCCAACUCCCAUGAUCCAUGUAGUUCAGCAACAUCUGGGGGGCCACAGGUUGGCCAGCCUUGCUCUAGUGUCAUCUGGACAGCCACUAGGGGCGCAUCUGUGACGCUGGAUGCGAAUUGAGAAAUGCUUUCCUAUGGACUCUUUGAAUGCGCGCGCGGCACUUGCCACUCAUGCGCAUUCCGCUCCACUAGGGGGCUGACGUCGGACGGGGAGGAGAGGUCACCAGUCCCGAGGGUGCCCGACGCUGGAUAAAGGUAAGCUGCUGAAGGGGUUUUAACCCCUUCAGUGCUACGGGAGGGGGACCCUGAGGGUGGGGGCACCCUCAGGUCAUUAUAGUGUCAGGAAAGCCGCUUUGUUUUCCUGACACAAUAGUGAUCCUUUAAAGCCUGGCUAAUGGUCUAGGACUGCCAUAUGCCCUCAAACACAUAAAAUAUAUCAUAAAGAUACAUGAUGUUUUCAGUGUAAAAUAUCAAGAUAUACUGACUUCGCCUCUGAUUCCAGAAGAGCAUCUACUGUGCUUCGUUGGUGGUACUCUUCAUGUAACACCCACCUCCUGUCUGUUCUUGGCUCCUCUUGCUGUCUUCUGUGAUUUGCUCUGCUCGAGGAUGCUUUUCAGUGACAUCCUGGUGUUCCUAUACUCCUUAGCGAGCACUAGCAAUAUCAGCCAGGAAGUUUCCAUACCAAAUAAAGUGCAUGUUCUGUGGUUGCCAUGUGAUAUAGUAGAAGGAACACCUGUGGGUUUUUUUUUCACCCUCUCCCUUGUCAGAAUAGAGUCUGUGCCAAAGAUUUGACUGAGAAGUGGAAGAAAUACUUUUUUUUUUAAUUUUUUUUUUUUUAUUUAUUUUUUUUUUAAUCUAUACAUUUGCUAGCACAAAAUGUAGAUUUAAGUGCAUGCUACUUAAAGGGACACUUUUAGUCACCAGUGCAACUACAUGUAUUCCUGACCCUAUAGUGUUAACACGACCAUCUAGCCCCUUUGGUCCCCUCAUGCCUCCAUAAAUAUAGUAAAAAUCUUACUGUAUUCAAGCCAGAAGCUGUAAAUCUGCAUUCUGUUAGACUCAGGAAAAACAAGCAGUCUGCUGACAUGUGAUAGCCUGAUCCAAUCACUGUUCUUCCCCAUAGGAUUGGCUGAGACUGACAAAGAGGCAGAUCAGGGGCAUAGCCAGCAUGAUUCAAACACAGCCCUGGCCAAUCAGCAUCUCCUCAUAGAGAUGAAUUGAAUCAAUGAAUCUCUAUGAGGAAAGUUCAGUGUCUGCAUGCAGUGGGAGGAGAUACUGAAUCACAGGAUGCUUGUGCACAGCAGAUGUGAGUGGAUGGAGGCAUAUUAUGCCUCCAUCACCUCAGAAGUCCCUCUGGUUCACUCUGAGUGACUGCAACUGGAGGUGUUCCUAGCUUUCAAUGUAAAUUUUCUCAGAAAAUACAGUGUUUAUAUGAGAGAGGCUGCAGGGAGCUAUAAUUCUCACCUGAACAACCUCAUUAAGCUGAAGUUGUUCAGGUGACUAUAGUGUCCCUUUAAUAAGAGCAUUAGUGAUUUGGGGCAUAACCAUUCCCAUUUUUACCGUUUACCAUGUUUGCUUGGAGUAACCAAAUAAAAUAGCAUGACAUUAGUUGAGAUGGGAGAUAAUAAAGUGAAUGGAAUUUAUUUUUUCCCUCUGUCUGAAGGCUGACGUGCAAAUCAUUUAAAAUCUGUAAUGGCAUUUUGUGGUAGCCCUUACUAGUGUUCUAGUAACGCUUCAAGUUUAAUUUAAGCACAAGCCCUACAUGUAAAAAUAAAACUUGUAUGUCAAUAUUUCAGAUGCAUUCCUUGGUCUUUACUUUAGGGGAUAUCUGAUCAUAUUUUAAAUAAUUGGACCAGUAUAAUUUGUUCAGAAGUUUUGUUUUACAGUAAUAAAAAUGGGGUGUGGAGAAAUUUAAGUUGUGGGGUGUGGGAAUUGAAACAUAUUUAUUGACAUGACUAAUCAGUAAAAGUGCACACUGCUUGAAGAACAUGUUCCUUUCACAGAUCUGUUGUAUGAAACAAUGUUUUUUCUUUUCCCAUGCACACAGUUGAAGAUCAUUAAAUUACCUUUCAGCAACACUGUCAGUGCAAGAAGUAAUACAGCUCUACCACCAAUCCAAGUCAGCAGAUAUUUUCUGCGUAAAAUUAGAUCAUAAUUGAGCAUUUAUAUGGAUGAGGCAUUUUUAAUUCCUUGAUUUACUCAAUGCUCUUUAGAUAGAGCAUGGGUCGUAGAAGCAUUUUUUUUUUUUUAAUAUUGGGCUAACAUGAUUUUAAAAUUCUGUUCAAUAAAAUUUGUUUUCAUUACAAUAUACUAAUAUCUGUUUUAUUUGCAUUACUGCACAAAUAUGGAUACAACCUCUACUCCAACAAUUAAUGUAUUUGGGCAGUGGCACAAUAACUAUUAUAGCAUAUUGUACUAAUUUUGAUGCUAGCAUGAUACUUAACAGCUUGGCAGAAACCAGGGUUACCCUGGGUGCCAGAGUCUUUGUCUUGCUGUUCAUGUAGCUUUUCAGACAUUACAAUUCCACAUUAGGAAUAUCCUUCCAUCCAUAUUUGCAGUGAGCAUGCAUCUUACUGAUGGAUGAACCAAUGCUAUCCAGACUUGGAGAAAAUGGCACACAAAUGUAACUUUUCAUUAAAGGUGCACACAUUGAGGAGCCAGGGUGUGGGGCUAUCAGUUUUCUUUCUUUCUUUUUUUUUUUUUUAAAGAUGAUUUGACACAUAACUGGGUGAAAACAAAAGGGGACAUGCUGAUGUCAUAACCACUACAGUAGACUUAAAGUGCCCCUUCAAUCACAGUGCACUAAGCAUAUUCUGUUAAGAGGACAAAACUGCUUAACUAAUUGAUUAUUAAAGGCUUCAUGUAUCUUUCUUAUAUACAGCCUAAAAGAAAAAGCCAGCCUCCUCCAGAGAAAGAAAAGCCUGCGAAGAAACAAAAAACAGGAGAAAGUUCCAAAGGAGCUGCAUCAUCCAAGCAAAGUAGUAGCAACAGAGAUGAUAACAUGUUCCAGGUAAGACUUAAAUCUCACUUUUACUUCAGGGCUUUAGUUUUAGACAAGCUAUUCAUCAUUCUGGAAAGUAUUUUCCACCUACUACUGCACAGAGUUCUCCUGGCACCUUACGUAACUAGCCUCUGUAUUUCAGUUCAUAACUGUCCAACCUUGAACUGUGGUAUAUUAAUAAUGCUGGUACAUCUUCCAAAGAUUGAUUACACCGUAACCACUAUAAUUAGUUUGAGGUUAUGGUGUUUAGAGUACCCAUUUAAUGCAGAACUGUUAGUCUCUUCCUACCCAACUAGGGAAUGGCUUCUAUGCAUCUAUGUAUUUUCAAACAAUUUGGCUUGCACAAUAUACAGAUGAAAUACUAUUUAUUAAUUGACUAGUUCUGUAGCUGAACUGAUAAUGCUGAAAUUACAUCUCUGCUUUAUGAAGCAGGACCCAAGCUUAAAAUAUAUUUAAAUGGUUUGACUACUUACCUUGGGAUGGUUUGAGGUAAUCCUGGCAUUAUAACCUCUUCAAAGUGGUUAUGGUGCUUUGAGUGUGUUUAAUUGUUAAUGCUAAUUUGUUUUGCCUUUUUACCAAUAGAUUGGAAAAAUGAGGUACGUCAAUGUUAGAGACUUUAAAGGAAAAGUCCUGAUUGACAUCAGAGAAUAUUGGAUGAACCAAGAUGGGGAGAUGAAGCCAGGCAAGAAAGGUAAUGGGCUGAAUAUAAAUGUAUCCCUGUCUGACAUGUUUCAUGAUUUUUCACCUUCUGAAUGUAUUUUCAUCAUCCAAUGGAAAACCGUUGUCAACAAUUAUGUAGGAAGAAAUUGGUCCAUAUUGAGCCUUAAUAUUGUAUUGUAUCUGCUAGGGAUUUGUCAAUGAUCUAGUUUGUUUGAGCACCCCUCUUUCCCACUGCAAAAAACAAAAAGAAUGAAUAAUGAAUGAGCCUUAGAUGUGAGUCAGACAUAAGUUUCUAAAACCAGGGCCAAAAUCCCCACUCCCCAUUUAUCCAAGGGUGGUGAUUCAAACAUGGUAAGUGUUUUAGCCAUCUCAAUACACUCUUUAGAAAUGCACUGAUGGUCCUCAAAGUCCUAUCCUUGGAAGUGCAAAGGGAUUGACUCCCAGGCGCAUCAGAGAUUAAGCAGCAGCUUGGGACACAAGCAGUUUAACUCUCUUUCAUAAAGCUGUCAAACUUGAGUUAGGUGUGGGUCUUUCUAUGUGCUGCAUAACCUUUGCAGUCUUGGUUUAGUAGUAUUUCUGUAUGCUAGCAGUCCCCAAUUUGCUGCUGAGAUAAGCAAGUAAAUUUUAAUCUUAGUAAUGUUACAGUAUUGGUAAAAAUAUAUAGUUUUUCCAUUUUCAGUGAGGUUAACAAUUCAGUCAUGUUCUAUAAUAUCCCACAUUUUAUUUUACUAUUUACAUUUUAUUUUUGUUUGUCUCGUAUGCAUUAAAAGCCUGAAAGAAAAAGUUUUCAUAUGUUGGUUGUUCGUUCAGUGCUAAAAUGGUGCUGCAUUAAAAAGUUCUGUUUAAACAGAAACAAAAAGUGAUUUAACUCCUAAGCGGCAGAAAAUUGAAAAGUGAGACUACAGGCAUAUGAUAUAUAGGCAAAAAAGGUUUCAUUAUGCACAUAUAAUGAUUUUGAAUACUACUAAUGCAUGUCAUAGAGAAGCAUUGGAUUGGCAUAGCAUUUGCUGAUCUAAUAAGAGGCAGAAUGGCUGCUGCAAGCAGUCUGUCCCAACUAUUCAUGCAUUUGAGACUGCUGGCAAUAAAAUAUUUAUAGCAUUUUUUUUUUUUUAAAUGUAUUAUAGGUAUAUCUUUAAAUCCUGAGCAAUGGAACCAGCUGAAGGAGCAGAUAUCUGACGUCGAUGAUGCAAUAAGAAAACUGUAAAAGACACCUGUUUGUGGAGAAGCUUCAUCCUUUAGUUUUAAGCACUCUUUUUACAUUUGCUAUUUGUUUUCUACUUUUUGUUUUACCGGCUAUUGUACGUUUGGAUUGCAAAGCAACUUGUCAGACGGAUCCUUUAUAUGCAUUUCAAUGUACCCUGGGUCAUUUCAAAUUAUGUUGUAAAAAGGAGAUUUUGUUUACCAAAUAGCUGUUCAAGUAUCUGGCCAUUUAGUUCUAACAUGGCUACAUAUUUAAAAGCAGUGGAAUGCUCCUUAAUAUUCCUGACAAUAUUUAAAUCUGGAUAGUUUCUUCUGCAUUUGGGACUGCACAUGGCUGUAGUUCUUCAUCUAGAACUAUGGUGACAGCUACCUAGGGAAUGGUGUUUUUUCCUUUUGAUCUAGAAGUAUGGUGCAUUUAUUUUUAUAAUUUUUUUUUUUUGUAAAAUGCAAGAAUGGAGGCAAAACCUUUACGAUCAUAUGAAUGAGCUGAUUCCUGUUUAAGGCUCCUAAUAGAUUUUGAGUAUAUUUGAUUUAUUUUAAACCAGUAAAUUUUGUCCCCCUACUUUUUGGUUGCACACACACAGUUGUAAGCACCAGUUUGCAGUCCUUUUGCAGUUGACAAUUUACUUCAUAGGAACUUCCCAAACACAACCUACGUGUCAUUUGUCCAUUUAAACAGUUGUUCUUUCACGUUUGAGUAUCCCAGUCUUUUUCCGAGUUCAUUCAUGUUUGCAGUGUGUCUUGAGUUUGUCAAAUUUGGAAACUAUUUAUCUACCUAACAGUGAGGGUUUUUUUUUUUUUGGUUUUUGAAUAGACUAGCUCCUGAUUAUAUAAUUAUUUUUUUUGCAUCCUUUACAAUGCACAUAGUAACUAUUGGUAUGUUUUUUACCUUUUGUACAAAAUCUGCAUUAGAUUUGAGCUGUAAGCCUAAACGAUUAGGGAUUUCUCCAUAUGAAGAUAGCAUCUUUGGCUUGUUACACAUGAGCACUGUAAAAAUUCACUGUCUUGAAACCUCCCUUUUACAUUAAUGAAUGUUUGCUCCAAUGCAAUACAAGAAUAAUCAAAUUUAUUUUAGAUUUUAAUACCUGGUGUAUGUGUUAACAUGUAUUGAUAGUAAAAUGUGUUUUGGGAAAUUAUAAAACAUUUUUUUCCAACAGCUUGCAAGGGACUCGUAUAUAUAAUUUUUUUUUUUAAUUUGGCUAUUUUCUAAGUGUGUAUGGAGUUUAUUUUUUUGGUUUUUUAUGUCUAGAUUAACAGUAACAACUGAAUGUACAAUAACAGUAUCUCAAUUAAAUUGGUUUCAUAUUCAGUGGUUGCUUUAUUUUCUUCUAUCUAUUAAGACUUUAUUUAGGAAGAUGGUAAAGCAUACAUAGAUACCAGUUGCAGAAACAAAUACACG